AGUCCACGUGAGAGCGCGCGUGGCUCACUCGGCUCCCGGACGCCGAGAGCGCACACCGGCUCCGACGCGAGGAUCGGCGACCUACGUGGGGGCUUCUCCUUCGGCAGAGAUGACCUGUUAACGGCCGCGCGCUCGUCGCCGUCCUCGAAACGCACAGAGCCGCUGUUCUUCUCGCAAAAAAAAAAAAAAAAACCCUCGCUCGAGACAUCGGCUGCGUCCACGGCUGCACAUUCCGGCGCACACGAGGGGGGAAAAUGAAGGCGAAAAACCGCGACCAAAGCUUGUCGGACUCCCGCGAGCUGGACGGUUCCUACGACCAACUAACGGGUAAUCCUUCCACCAGCCAAAGCAAAAAAACCAUAAAGCAGCGAUUCCUCAAGCUGCUGCCGUGCUGCAAGCCCUCGGCUGCCCCCUCAAUCAGUCAAAGCAACGUGGAAGAUGACUUUGAGUUAUCCACUGUGUGCCAUCGCCCCGAAAGCAUGGACAAGCUGCAGGAGCAGACCAAGUUCACCAAGAAGGAGCUGCAGGUCCUCUACCGGGGCUUCAAAAAUGAGUGUCCGAGCGGUGUGGUGAACGAGGAGAAGUUUCAGACCAUUUACUCCCAGUUCUUUCCUCAGGGAGAUUCAAGUAUGUACGCGCACUUCCUGUUUGAAGCCUUCGACACUGACAAGAACGGCUCGGUUAGUUUUGAGGACUUCGUGUUUGGUCUGUCUAUCAUCCUGAGGGGGACCAUUAACGACCGGCUAAACUGGGCCUUCAACCUCUACGACCUGAACAAGGACGGCUGCAUUACCAAAGAGGAGAUGCUGGACAUCAUGAAGUCCAUCUACGACAUGAUGGGGAAGUACACGUACCCGACUAUGGAGGAUGAUGCACCUAGAGAACAUGUGGAGAGCUUCUUCCAGAAAAUGGACCGAAAUAAAGACGGAGUGGUCACCAUAGAGGAGUUCAUUGAGUCGUGCAAAAAGGAUGAAAACAUCAUGCAGUCCAUGCAGCUGUUUGACAACGUAGCAGCUGAGUCAACCCUAUCCAGAGACUGGCACAGUAGAGUAGCAGGGCAGAACCAAGACUGUCACGGCAUGGCAGAGGGCUUUUUAAUGGAAGUUUGCGUGGACUCCGUAGAGUCUGCUAUCAAUGCUGAACGAGGAGGUGCGGGUCGACUGGAGCUGUGUUCUAGUCUGAUGGAGGGUGGGCUCACUCCCAGUCUAGGUCUUCUGCAGGUGGUCAAGCAGUAUGUCAAAAUUCCAAUUUAUGUGAUGAUACGCCCUCGUGGAGGAGACUUCCUCUAUUCAGACCAGGAAGUGGAGGUGAUGAGAAAGGACAUAGAGCUGAUGAAGAGCCAUGGGGCUGACGGACUCGUGCUGGGAGCCCUGACGGAGGAUGGGCGGGUGGACGCAGAGCUCUGCAUGGAACUACUGGCUGCUGCUCGUCCAUUGCCCGUCACCUUCCACAGAGCUUUUGACAUGGUUCACGACCCAGUCGUCGCUCUGGAGACUCUGGUAUCGUUAGGGUUUCACCGUGUGUUGACAAGUGGCUGUGACAGCUCUGCCUUGGAGGGACUGCCUCUUAUUAAACGUGUCAUUGAUCAAGCUAAAGGCAGAAUUAUCAUAAUGCCUGGAGGAGGUAUCACAGAGCGGAAUCUGCAAAGAAUUUUGGAGGGCUCUGCAGCCCAGGAGUUUCACUGCUCAGCCAGGUCCAGUAGGGAUUCAGCCAUGAAGUUCAGGAACACCGGUGUGAUGAUGGGAGCUGCUUUUUCAGCACCUGAAUUUGGCCUAAAGGUGGCAGAUGUGAGCAAAGUCCGUACUCUUAAUGCCAUUGCCAAAAAUAUUUUGUAACUUGGUACUGGAAAACCAAACAAAUACCUCAAAAAGGAUUAAGAGUAAUUACACUGAUAUAUCAUCACUAAUUCCCAGAGUAGGUAAAUAUUUCAGAAAGGUGCCACAAAACCCUUUUUUGUCCUUUUUCAAAUGUCUCUUAUUUACUUGUAAUCAAAUGUAUUUGUGGCCUCAGAUUGUUUAAUAAAAUACAAUUACAAAGGAACAAAACUAAAGAGAAGCACUAGUCAGCGAACAACUUGUUCUGUUUUCUGUUUGUCAUCCACAGUAACAGAUAUUUAAUUAACAACCCUCCCUAUUCGCAGUGAAAGUUAAUGAAAAGCUGUGACCUCCUGUAUUUUUUUUACAAGGACAAACAUUGUGACUGAAAUCACUUUGCUCACAAUGAAAUAAACAUCUGAAAUUGUUUACAGUU